UAUAUGUGUCCGCCGCUGCAUGCUGGGAUAUUCCCGGUGAACCCGGAGCGGAGGCUGCCCUUCCUUGCUGCUCGGCCGUCGGUGCACCAUGGCUCUGGGCUGCCUGCAGCGGCUGCAGGUCUGGCUCUUUAAGGCGUUGGUCGGACUCCUGUUCGCCGUCUUCCGUCUGCUGUCACCGAGCAGCGGCGUGUCCGGGAGGAAGCUGCCGCCCAUCACCGACCCUCUGCUGGCCCUGUCCGCCACGCAGCUGGCCAAGAAGAUCCGGAGGAGAGAGGUGUCAAGUGUAGAGGUGGUGCAGGCUUACAUCGACAGGAUCCAAGAGGUCAACCCUCUGCUGAACGCUGUGAUAAAAGACAGGUUUUCCGCUGCCCUCCAGGAGGCGGCUCAGGUGGAUAAGCUGAUUGAGGAGGAAACUGGAGGAGAGGAGGUUCUGGAGGACCGGCUACCUUUACUGGGAGUCCCACUGUCUGUCAAAGAGUCCUUCUCCCUGCAGGGGAUGCCAAACGCCACAGGUCUGAUCUCUAGGAGAGGAUUUGUUUCCACUGUGGACGCUCCACCAGUGGCACUGCUGAAGAGAGCGGGGGCCAUCCCACUGGGCGUCACCAACACCAGUGAACUAUGUAUGUGGUGUGAGUCCAACAACCACCUCCACGGCAUCACCAGAAACCCAUACGACCUGGACAGGAUACCAGGAGGAAGCUCAGGAGGAGAGGGCAGUAUUCUGGGAGGAGCGGGGGCAGUGAUCGGCAUCGGCGCAGACAUCGGUGGCAGUAUCCGCAUGCCCUGUUUCUUCUGCGGUGUCUUUGGUCAUAAAACCACUCCAGGUAUCGUGUCUAAUGAAAACCAGUACCCUCCUUACUCUGGCCGACAGGAGGAGUACGUCAGCACUGGACCCAUGUGCCGUUACGCUGAGGACCUUCUGCCCAUGCUCAAGAUCAUGGCAGGACCCAAAGUUAACAUGCUGUCCUUAAACACAAAGGUCGACCUCAAAAAGCUGCGGUUCUUCACCAUCCCUCAUGACGGAGGGUCUAUGAUGACAUACCCGGUCAACAAAGACCUGAUGCAGAUCCAGAAGCAGGUGGUGCAGCGUCUGGAGGCAGACCUCGGGGUGAAGGUCCAAGAAGUGCAUUUUCCUGAGCUCAAAUACGGCUUCCAGAUCUGGACCACCUACAUGGGCCUUCCAGACGACAAGGGGAAGCCUCCUCAGCCGUUCGCUGAGCUGAUGGGGGAACCAGGGCGGCCGGUGUGGCCUCUGUGGGAGCUGCUGAAAAGGUUUUUGGGAAAGUCGGAGCAUACGGCAGCUGCUAUUGGUCUGGGCCUGUUGGAGAUGAGCCCCUUGUCGAAACCAUCAGCCUCUGUCAUCCAGCUGAAGGAGAAGCUGCAGAAGGAGAUGGAGGAGCUGCUGGGCACUGAUGGGGUCUUACUGUACCCCUCCCACCCCAGAGUGGCACCUAAACACCACCACCCACUCUUCAGACCCUUUGACUUUGCCUACACUGGUGUGAUCAACAUCCUGGGUCUGCCGGUGACCCAGUGCCCUCUGGGUCUGAACGACGAGGGUCUGCCCCUGGGUGUGCAGGUGGUGGCUGGGAAGCUGCAGGACCACCUGACCCUGGCUAUGGCUCUGUACUUGGAGAAGACGUUUGGAGGCUGGAGGGACCCUGGAGCCAACUAGACCUUCACGCUAUUAUCAACGGCUAUUAUCAACUCAGACUGAGGAAUGUGUGUCUGCAUCGCUGCUUACUGUAACAUACCAGAAUGUUUUAGUGGAAAAGACUGAUUCUUUUUUUUUUUUUUAACCCGUAAAGACCCAAAUAUACACCAGUGACCAAAAGCAUCUCCUGAUCUAAAAUGUUUAAUACCUGCUGAUCCACUAAUUCUAUCAAUAC